CUUUAAACUUCGCACAAAUGGACACCUGGCUCUGUACCGCGCGACUUCCUUUCGGGACCUCCCUACACUUCUUGUAGAGUCUCCCGCUAUCCCUGGUGAACACGUCUCCAUCAAGAUUCCUACAGGGAGGGAUUCUCGCUGAAAGAAGCCUUUGUUCCCGCCAGCUAGGCGGUACAGGAGGGUCACACAGCCGGGUUCGUGGCUCCUGCUGCUAUCGCUGCGUAAGCGGCUCCGGCAAUCCCCUUCUUCUAUUUCCACUCUCUCCUGCUUACGGUUUCUCGGUUUCUACACCGCUGAUUCGCUCCCGCACAACGGCAGCUCUUCCGUAGGUGGGCGUGAGGAACCUGUCAAUGCGGGACUGGGUUCCUCGUGCUUCGCCUGCGCACCCAAGCAUGCGUCGCUAGUGUGGCCACGAGGAUUGCUUCGUGAGCGAUUCGCGUCGGCAGUCACAGUUCUGUUAACCGUCCUUUUGAGGUCGCUGUGCUCCCCGAUACCGACAGGACGGACUUUGUGUCGAAAGCCGUGGAAUAUUGGGGGUUUCCCGAGUACGGGUGCUCCGCAGGGUGGCGUUUCCACCAGCUGAGGUCGCGUGACCGCUCUGAACACCAGGGGGAAAAAGUCGUACGCUGGAGCGUGUGCUGGUAGGCUUAGCGCACCGGGUGCAGAGUUUGUGUGUCUGCUCCCAGGAUCUUUUUCUCUCAAGAGCCCCGCAAGCGUGUAGUUGUCGCGGAGUUCAUCUCGUUUCUGCGUGGCGCUGUGUCCGUUCCGGCUGUGUGUAGAACUUUCUAGGCUGUGCGGCAUCGUAGAGUUUUAAAAAGCCCUUCCAGUUGUGAGGUACUCGGUGGAACAGGAGCGCAACUGCCGCAUCAAGCAGGAGUCUGUGCGUCGCGAAUGCCCACUUGCGGCGAUACACAGUGACCGCGUAGUUCGGCACGAAAUGAACCUGGCAAGCGGUCACGCGUGUGGCAUUUUCGAACGCGGUGAGAGCGUGCCAGCGUUUUGACCCUGUGUUCAGCGACCUGCCUCCAAGUUUGUGCCGGAAAUCAAAGGAGCUGCUUACUCGUCCGUAGUCUGUCCGCGGGGGCCGGGACGCGUUUCGUCCACUUCGUAGAUUGGGAAGAGACGAGGUGAAUACCAGCGAUAUAGGAGACAGAGGGGCAGAAAUUCGCAGGCCAGUUACCUUCCCACGUCGGAGCAGACGCUGCCGCGGGCAGCCGACACCCUUCGCGUCGAAAACAGGGAACAGAACCGUUCGUUUCGAUGAAUUUUUGAGAUGCACACGAUAGCAUAAACCGGAGCGGUCGGGUCACUCGGAGGGACGGAAUUUGGGAACCGACCCGCCGUCGGCAAGGGCGGGUGUUGGUGAGAAAGUGCGGCGUGCGGGAAAAGAGUGGUCGGGUCGCGGGCAAACUGCGUGGUGGAGCGUAGCUACACCAGUCGUUUCUUUGCGUCUCUGUCGCAGGAUCUUUUCUCCUACUGCCUUUCUUUUCGCGGGUUUUAAGCGUGCGAUUUUCAAUUGAAGUACCUCUGUCGUUCGAGCUUUCUGCGUGUCAGCUCCGCGAAUUCCUUUUCGCGUGACAGGAAAAGGGGAGCGAAGCGGACGAUAUCGAGGGUGUUCCUGCCGUCACAGCCGUUCUAGAGCAGGGUCGCAUGGAAACAGACCUGCUGACAGAUGGGGCAAGUGUGAGGCAUGUAUGUUGUUGGAAACACCGAUGAUCGACGGGCCGGGGCCGGUAUGAAAACGCACUGAGGGCGAACUACUUCGGAGACGCGUGUGUCGGUCUGUUUCUCUUCCAUUUCCGGAGAGGAACGCGGAAACGGCGGGUUCCGUGCGUAGCCUGCCUAAGGAAAGAGACACGCCAGCGUGUUCUGAUGGGCUGUCCUGGGUGUCGCGCGACGGAGGCUUUUCUCCGGAAGAGAACCAGAGACACAGAAAAUCGCGAGCUGUAGGCUACGUCGACAAUUCCCAGCCAAGGCUUCCAUUCCUGUAGGAAAUCCGUGACUUUUUGUUGUAUGCUGAUCUGGUUUUUUCGACUUUGUGAGUUUUUUGACGGACACGCCCGUCCAAAUCGUUGCGGUUUCUUCCAAACCCGCGUCCCUCGCCACGGUUUCCACUCACUGGCUUCCGUGGUUCUGCUGCUUACGUCUACCCGAAAACUCCCGGGUCGCGGGUUUCGUAGGAAAUAGUUUCGUUUUGGCGCCUGGGGAGGGCAGCAGCUUCUGGCGCGCGCGCGCGUGCUGGGCUGAAACGCGACGAAGUCCGCUGUGAGUGUUGCUGUUUCUCUUCUCUCGUCUGCUGUUUUGAAACCUGCAGCUCGUUUCGCCUCUCUGGCCAAGCAGGAGAAAGCAGGCUACGUGUUUCUGCAGUUUCUGGUUUCUGUUGAUCGCUCGUUGGCGCUUUGCUCCUGCACCGAGAGCACUGUCGCGACCCAGUUUCUGACGGCGGAGAGAGGUGCGCGCGCACCCUGCCUCUCGCCCCUCCCCCCGCUGUGAGCACUUUCGGUUCCAUGAAAAUCGCGAAGAAAACUGGGCGGGGGGUUUUGCGCGCACGUCAAGUGAAUUGUCGUAAGCGAAGCGAGGGCCUGCGUUCUUUUCCCAGUUCUUUUCGCUCUUUUCUUUGCCAGAAACGGUUGCUCAACCCCUCCCGCUGUCGGAAAAGGGGAGAAACUCCGUCGCUGCGCACGCCAGUUUUCGGCCCCGUUUCGAGUUUUUGGAAAGCGGGGUGUGCGACCCCGCGAAAAAUCAACUGAGAAGACCGGUUUUUCGGACCGCGAGGAAAAGUGCGGAGAACGUACUGACUCGGAAAAGCGAGCACUUCUCGUCUUGCGGAUUCGUGCGCAGAGGCACUUUUUUCCGCGCGUUUUUUCUCCUUCUCUGAUCUUUUUCGCGCUUCUGCUCCGAACCCGCGGCGGCACUCGCCGACCUAAAGUGCCAUCUUUGCUUUUUGCUCGAGACGCGACCGUCGAGAAGGCAAAUGUCUGAUUCCUCUGCGUUCUUUCCGUGUCGCGCUAGACGAGGGGAUCGGGAAAAUUCAAAGGACGACGCCCCUCUCUUCUUCCCAGCUCGCGCGCGUCGCACAAAUACGCGGGUGCAGCGCAGGAUUGAGUGUGCCCGCAAAGUGGGCUUUUUCGUUGCGGCGAAAGUUCCAGCGAACCUCUCUUGUUUUUCCUCACCACUUUGAAGUUCCCUCGUUUCAACCAAACGCCCCGCUCUUUUUUGCGCAAUUUUUGAAGCUGCCGGAUUCUUAAUCACUGGGAAGAAGAGGGAUUCCUCGUCUCACGGUCAGCGCUGACAAACUCUGGGUCCCGUCUCCAAAGUCUCGCUUCCAGUCCGUCUUUCGUUUCCGUCUCUUUUCUCGCAAGUUUCGAGUCGAAAACGUGGCUUCGGGGAUUCUAUUUUUUGCAUGUUCGUGGGAACUUUCGUGCGGUUCUCGCCCUCUCUGGAAACGCAGCCUUGCACGAUUCGAAUCUGGGCACUUGACUGAUACUUGUAUCCAAGAGCUUGACGAAAGAAACUGGGGGUUCUCCUGAUGCAUGUGGACGCGUGGGGAAGUGCUCUCUUUUGUGGCUGCCGACGGGGGAAUUGAUUCGUUUUCUCUGCGGAGAAGCGCCAGGUUCUGUUGUGCGUCGCCGCCAUCUCAGUCGUAAGAAACAUCAGAGAAGCCAGAGGCUUCUCUCACUGAAACAGGGGCUUGUCGCUGCUUUCCCGUCCGAUCUUCUGUGCCCUCUGCCCACGUUUUCCCUGCCUGACAAGCUCCAGCGUCUUCAACCGUCUUUGUAGGUCGACUCUCUUGGCAAGCCUUCCACGCUCAAGCUCCGGUCCGCGUUCACCGGGAGUCUGUCGACAUAGUCUGCGUGCGGAUGUAUAUACUCUGUAGAUGCGGGUGUUUGUCUCCCCGAGUUCUGAAGGCUGUGGAGAGAGACAGUCCGGCAAUCGUUGCUUGCGCCUCUGAUGUGCCGACCUCUCUCCGACUUUUCACCGUGUGGGGCUGAAAAGGAGAGUUCCCCAUUCCUUCCACUCUUGCAGCCAUCCUUUCAAUCGAAGGUGCGUCUCUGUUCUCCCCUCCCCUACACCCCGUGCUUUGCGUCCUUUCUCCCCUUCACAGCUAACCGUGUCUCACGGGCUCUCUGGCUUUCUUCGCGUUUUUUUGUUCCCCCUCUUCUCAUUUCACUCUCCCCUGCCUUCUUGUAGCGCGAGACCGUCUCCACGUCCUCCCCUCUUUGGCUGUCGUCGUUCUGUUCGACGUCGCCUGGGUCCGUUUUUGAGGAAAGCGGAGAUCGAGAGCGGACUUUCAGGGCACACAGAGUCUCUUAAAAGAGAAAAGGGUCUUUGAGACUCUCCACCCCGCCCUUGCUCGUUCCUCUGCCUCUCCUCUCCAUGGAGGCGAUGGCAGAACCUACGCCGCCGGCUCCCGGGGGCGAGAUGUUGCGAGACGCCGUGCGGAUGGAGACAUCGCUUCCAGAGAAGAGCGUGGGCGCGGACCUUUCUUCAGAGAGUGUGGCAAACACAGUAGAGGAGCGCGGAACGAGCCUCCCCGACCCCGCUGCGCAACUGCAAGACGCCGACUUGAGUUCUGGAGACCUCGCGGCCGACAGGUCCACGGAAAUCGCGCUGUCCACUCAGCUCCAGCUCGAGCAGCUCGACGCUCUGCAGCGCCAUGUGCAGAAGCAGCUGCUGGCCGGUGUCUCGAGUCUGGCGACAGAGUCCGAAAAGCUGCAGACCGGGGAAGUAGGGGCGCCAUUCGCGGGAGUCUCAGGAGACAGUGGAGACAGCGAGGAGGGGCGCGAGGCCCUCGCUUCAAAGACAGGCGAAGCGCCCGACGCCGCAGAGAAAGGCCCCGCCGCUGCGCACUUCAAGGCCAAGGGCUGGGGCAACGAUGCCGGUUUAGCCGCGUUGUCGGGCGGGACGACGGUUGAAGAGGAAGGCGAGAACUCGUCGUCUUCUCUCGGCUUCUCUGCGUCUUCUCCCGGCGGCCAGGGAAGCGGCGAGGACACAAGCGCACUGCUCCCCGCGACUAGCGCCGUAAAGCAAGGCACCCAGGACGACCUGCGGCUCCUCGUGCUCCAGGAGUCGAUGAUCAAAGGGACCCCUGGGGUCGCGCUGCCGACUCUGGAAGGCGCCGGUGGCCGCGUGACUCCGAGCGCGUCGGACCAAACUUUCUCGUCUAUUCAGUUUGCCGAGGAGGCGCAGAGCCCCCAGAAACCAACCACGCUCCCAGCGCUGCUGACGGCCGGGAAGCGCACCCGCCGGGGUCAGGCCGCUACCGGUUCCGACGCGGCAGAGGGCGAGGCGAAGGCGCUCGCGAGCCCGAGCGCGCUGCGCUUCUGUGGAGAGAAUCCCCAGUCUUCGCUGUCGACGCCACAGGACGUGGACGCCCACGGCCAGUCAACUGAGGCGACGCCCGCCUCCAGCGUGCAUGCAAGUGGCGAGCGGAAGGCGAAGCGCGAGGAGCCCGAGCCGAUGAAGACUCGACGCCUGGCGCGCGCGGCGGCGCAGGCAGCGGCGCUGGCAGCGGCUUCAAGCGGUGGCCAGGACGGAGCCGCGAGCGUGAAGGAUGGAAAGACAGACCUUUCCGUGUACUUGUCUCAAGAGGGCCUCGCCAGCCAAGUGGCUCUCGCGCAGUCGUCGUCGGGCCCGCUCGCAAACGUCGCGGGGGCCCAUCCGGGCCUGUACCUGGACGAGGCGUCGGCGCUCGCAGGCCUUGUCCCCGGAGUGGGGAAAGGCGGUGUGUCUGUCUCGACAGUGCCCGGCGCCGAGUGCCCACCGAUGAACGCGUCGCUGCUGCCAGUGGCCGCGGGUCUGGCGGGCCCCGGGACCCCGGGUGCUGCAGGCCCCCUGCUCGCGUCGACGCACCUCGCGCACCCUGUGUCGGGUCUCGCGGGGGUUGCAGGCCCACAGGGCGCAGGCCUCGGGGGGGUCUCGGGCCCGCAGGGAGGCUCUCCGGAGUUCGACCGUAACGACUUGCUGAUGAGGCCUGGGGUGAGCUACUACGGCGGCCGGCAGGCCUGGGUCGCGGAGAUCAAGUACGGGGGCAGGAGACGCUUCAAGGUCUUCAGCGUCGCCAAGUACGGCUACGAGGGUGCGAAACAGAUGGCCGUAGACACCCGCGAGCGAUGGGAAGAGGCCCGAGAAGCAGGCGAGCUCGACCAGCUGAUGAUGAGUUCGCAGCGACACCAGUGCCCUGUCCAGAGUGGAGUCAAGGGGGUCUACUACGACACCGCCCGAAAGGGCUGGAGAGUUGUUGUCACGCUGAACUGCAGACAGAUGAGCAAAUUCUUCCUCGCGAGCAAGUUCGGAAAUGCAGAGGCGAAACGUCUUGCCAUCGAAUGCCGACAAAUGUGGCUCGACGCGAUCCAGAACGGCCGCGCCGACGACGUCUUCGAGAAGGCCCGAAAACUCGUGUCUUUCAAAACCAAGGGUGUCAACGGCGCAGGAGCCGGUACAGACCGCAGCGGUGCAGGCGCGGGCGCAGGCCUGACACCCAACACCGCGGUAGGGACCGCCCCUGGCGUCUGUGCAGGCGCGACACCUCACGCGUCGGCACCAGGCAUGCUGGCUUCGCGGUUCGCAAACGGAGCCGCGGGCGCAUCCCCUCAGGGCGUCGGAGCGGCAGGCGAUCUGUCGCACUCGGCCCUGCUUGCGGGCGGGGCUGGAGCCCCGCUGCAGGGCCCGUCGCCGGCGGACUUGUUGAAUUCUUCGCUCUCGUCUUUGGGGAAGUUCGGGGCGCCCCAAGGGACGUUGGCGGAGGGGACCAGCAGCAGCUGUCUGUUUUCAACUGCGGGGACGCCGUCGCGGAAUCUGCGUGACGCGUCCAACGAGCUCCUCCUCGCAGCUGCGGCAGCCAACGCGUCGUCCGCGCACACAGGCACCGCCGCGCUUCUCUCGGGGCGUCCGGGUGGCGCCGUGGGCGCCGGCGCGGGCUCGAACGGCGGGGCCAGCGGCGAGGGGAGUGCCUCGCUAGCCGUAGCUGCCGCGGCUUUCCUGUCGCCCUCCGCACUCACGUCUGGGCCGAGGGGCGAGCGGGGAGACACCCCGGGGACUUGCGGGGCGAACCCGGCCGGGAACUCCCCGACCGAAGAGAACGCAACAGCGGGCCAGCAGACCGGCGCUGUGCUUCCAGCGGGGACGACGCCGGGGACGCGCCCGUCGCCGGGCUUCGGACUCGCGUCCUUCUCAGGAGCUGGUGGGGCACCGGGAGCCUGCGCAGAGACUGGUGCCACAGGGACAGGGGCGGCGGGGGACGCGGGGGCCGCGCUUCUCGCUGUGGCUAGCCAGCAGCGCUUCGACCCUAAACUUCUGCAACAACACCCGCUCGCGGAGCAGCAGCUCGUUCUACAGCAGUGGGGCGAGGCCGCCGCGGCUGUCGCUGGAGGCGUUGGGAUUCCUCAGACACUCUUCUCCUCUUCGGGCUGCGCCGAGGGUGAGAGCAACGCGAAUGGGACUAUGCGGGACCCUGUGGUCGCAGCGAAUCAGCAGCAGCUGCAGCUGCAACUCCUUCAAGAGCUGAACCGCGGGGCGUCUCUCCCACCUCUCCUGGACGUCCUCUGGGGGCCCUCCGUCGCGGGCACAGGCGCCGCGGCAGCCGCACCUGGAGACCGAGAGGCAGGCGCGACCCAGGGCGCCGAGGGCGCCUGCGGCGUGGGCGAGAACGGCGAGCUUGUCACGCUCCCGGCUGGGGCGACGCGGGAGGAGACGGCUGGCGGAACUCCGUCUUCGCUCCUGACCAUGGGCCUGGGGGGCCAGGAAGAAGGUGCUGCAGGCGAGGGCGCCGCGGGGCAGAACGGUUGCGGAAUCUCCGCGCCGGUUCUGUCGCUGCUUCUUCAGCAACAAGGCCUCCACCACCAACAGCUCGCGGCCGCAGCCGCGGCUGCGGCGCGGGGCUGCGCCCCGCCGCAGGGCCCGGGGACUGGAGCCCUGUGUGGAUUCAACCGCGACGGGAAUAUGGUGGUGUUGGGAAACCCGAUCGCGGGCACUCCGGGGUGUCUCCUUUCAGGGUCCGCGUCCGGGGACGGCACAACGAGCGCCGAGAAGCGCGGCGCGAAUCCGCUGGGAGGCGCACUCGGCAACGCCAUGGGCGCCGGCAUGGCCGGCCACCUCGCGGGCGAUACACUUCUUGGCGCGGGGGCCUCCCGACUUGGGAACGCCGCGACGCCGACGGGCGCCUCGGGCUCCAAGCGGCGCCGCACUCAGCAGGGAGGGGUUGGGCUCCAGGGUUCGAACGCUGGCCCUGGCAGCGGAGCGGGUGUGGGAUCGCGGAGACACCAGAGACAGGGGAAGGAUGCGUUGGUUGCUGGCGGCUUAGGAGGCGCAGGAAACACUGGCACCGGGGACUGCGCGGGCGCAAAGCCCGCCGGCGUGACUGGCUCCGAGAGCAGCACCUGCGACGUGAGGGGGGUCUAUCUAGACACGCGGAACAAUGCGUGGGCGGCAACCAUGGGGGUCCACGGACGCAACGUGAAGAAGAGUUUCGCUGUCGCGAAGCACGGCUACGAGACUGCGUUGCAGCUGGCGAUUCACGCGCGGAGGCAGCUGGAGCGAAUCUACUGGGGUUCCAGCCCCGGCGACGAGCAAGACGCUUCGCUGCUCGCAGCUGGGCGCGGAAACAACGCCGCGGCGGCCGGGGCAGCCCACGCGGCCCCCGCUGCGACGGGAGCCCUGCCCGCGUCGCUCGCGGCUCCGCACCAGGCGGCUCCAGCUGUGCCGCAGACACUGCUCCAUACCCAGCAGCCGCUGCAGUCCCUCCAGGGGCUCUGUUGGCCCGCGCCGGGUGGCAUCGCCCAGGGAGCGACGGGGGCCGCAGGCGCAUGUGCGAGGCCCGAAGAUGAGAUGACGGCGAGCAUGGCGGCGCUGAGGGGCGCGAUUCUGGACCCCGCUUCGCUGUCUCGGCUCUCAGGCGAGGAAGCGGCAAGCGCGGAAGCGGCUGCACGAACGGCCGUGGCCGCAGGGUCUCUUCUCUACGGCGCGCCGUUCGGCUCCUCGCUGCCUGCGGGCCUCGCCGCGACCCCAGUCGUAGCGACGCCGAGCGGCGCCGCGGAAGGGGCGACUGAGUUGUUGACCCCUGGCGGAGAUCCGAGGGGCGUAGUCGGGGCGGGUCGCGUCCGCACCGCAGGUGAGGAGACCCACGAGGGGACGGCGCGGCAGGCGGUCCCCGGUAUGCUGGGCGCGACUGGAGACAGUCUGCUGUCUCCGGGCCUAGGGAUGACUGCUGGCGCCUCCUCUGGGGUGCUGCCGGGAGGCCCCACACUCUUGGGCUCGGGGCUGGAGGGCCGCGAGGCGUCGCUGAACAUGGCGAAUCUCAUUGCGACAGCUUCGGCAGGGAACUCGCCCUCUGGUGGGUUGAUCGUGCGCGACGCUCUGGCGGCGCUGCUCCUUCAACUCGACCCUCAACAGCGGAUGGCCCUUCUGCAGGGCGACAUGAAUUCGCUCAACUCGCUGCAGACUGCCUUUCUGCAAAACUCGCAGUUCUUCGCACCGUCCUGUGCACCAGACGCGAACCAGCUCUUCGUAGGGGCGAACGCACCCGCGGGCACUGGGCCCUUGGGGGCGGCAGCCUCGGAGCGUUGUGCGCCGUCGCUCGUGCUCGGUGCCGAGGGGACAGCGAAUGUGGGGUGCGUCGGAGUCCCCGCGGGCCAGGCGAAGGAGACGAACGGGGCGGCGAGUCCCGAGAAAGAAGCAGAGGAGCACGGAGCUGCCGAGGGGAAGGUGGAGCGCGCCUUUACGUUUUCUGGAAAAGAAGAAGAGCUCAGGGCAAGCAAACAAGAAGAAACCGGGAAGGAAGAAGUGAGCGAAGCUGUCAACAUGUCUGGUCUGCGCACAUGCAACACAGUGAUGGCUCCCGACCUCGCAGGAGUGGAGGUGACGACUCAACAGACUGUUGAAGGGGGAGAAGCCGUGAACGGCAACAGCGUCGAAGCGAGAGAAGGCGCGAAAGAGGAACCUGAGCUAGAGAAGCCAGAGGAGAAUGCAGCGCCCAGUGAGGAGCAGUAGGACAUGAAUGUCUUCAGGCGGAUCGGUAGUUCCUGAGACGAAGAAUGGAGAGCGACGAGCGCCUCGUGGAUGCAUGCGUGGGUAUCGGUGUGUAGAUGCACGUUUGCCGAUGCAUGCGAGAAAACCAUGUAGAAGUCGUCGCGCAUUCGUCCUGGUUGAUUCCAUAAAAAUUCUGUGUCUUGGCAAACAACAGUUACAGUUCGGGGACGAACGCUCCCCUGCCGCUUCCGUGCAACGUUUCGAGAAGCAGAUGCACAGGAGAUCUGAAAUUCUGAUUCACGACCUGCUUUUCUCGGUGCCGCAGGGCGCACGCGCUCCUGCAGACAAAUGGAUGACACAUCGUGUAAAAACGCGGAAUCACAAGGUCUCUUCCGGAUAGACGAGAGGACCCAGAGGUGAACAUUUUGUAACAGUGGGCGCAACGCAGAGAGGAGCACUAGAGUGGCGGACUCUGGGGCGAGGGCUCAGCUGCGCGGCGUCGAUGAAUGGACAGCGUGACGUCUUUCGUCUUUUCAAAUGCUGGUCGCCUCGUUGGCUGCUCCCCGUUUGACGGUGAAGAUCUCUCCAACUCGAGGCACUUGUGUGACGGAAAAUGUCACACAAAGCGUUCCGUUUUUCUUCAUGUGCGCUGCAAACAUGGAUGCUCAAUUAUACAUGAAUGGAAGGGGUGAGUGCGAGAGAAGGCUGGGACUUGAGAGUCACGGAAAGACGACUGAACAAGAAACUCUUUCGUCUGUCGCAGAAAAACUGCACGGACGCAUCUUCACACAGACCACUUGACUUUUUUCUCUGUCGCAAGUUCCGUAAAGUGCAUGCGCGGCCUUCGCCAUGGAAAGUAGCAUCAUAGGGUGUCGUGGUUUGUGGUCUCUUUUCUUUCCCUGUGCUCUUCUCGUUGCGGCGGGGAACGUGGAAGAACAGGGACAGAUCGCUCCCUGUACACGGAGUGCGUAGGACUCGCGAUAGACGGCACAAGGAGCGUUUCCGGGGUCUUCUGUCGUCAGACGUAUGGACAGAGCCUUGAUACAAAGAGUUGAAGGAAAGUUCGGGAGGCGGAACGGGAGACAGGCAUUGUGGUUUCUUUCGCGGGCGUUAGGCACGGCUCUGAAUUCGUGGAAAAGACAGUGUCAUUUCCUGACUGCGAAGCCAUCGCAACAUGUCUCCUGUGUUCCUCAGCAUUUUUCGCUCCUGAAAGACGCCACAUGCGUCGCCAAGUGUGUUGCCCGCUGCUGACGAAUGUGACCUGAUGCUUGAUCGUCUGCGCGUCUCCGUUUUCCAUCUCUUCCUAUACCCUGUACAUGCGGGCGUGGUGCGAGUCGAAGUUCCCCGCCGCCUGAACUCGCUUUUCCCGUGGAAGAAUCCAAGUUUUUGCUGCGUCCUUUGCUGUGUUUUUUCUUGGGGGACGUUUGUCGACUGUCUCAAAAAAGACCAGAGUGUUUUUAAAGACGAGAUUCUGCGGGGGCUCCGUCAUUCCGUCGUUUGAACGGGACGUUUCCGGAAGUAGGGUCGCCCGCUUCCCAUUAUACUAACAGUGUCUGAGAGCUGAACGUUUAUAUACGUACGUGCCUGUCCUGUUGGCCGUGUUCUUAAACCGCGUCUUCCUCUAGGAAGAGUCGAUUUCGAUACUUUGUCUUGCCUUUUCCGCUGGCCCCGACAUGCGUAUUGCUUCGCUGAAGUGAAGGAGCGGAAAAGUGAAACAGCUCAUAAAAGGUGAAAGCUCAGGCGCCGUUUUUCCCCCUUUGGCAAACCGUCUCUGCCGUUGACGCCUUCCGAACGCAGUGGAAACAGUUCUUGUGGAUGGUUCUGUCGCGUCACGCGUUUGAACACUCUGCGUGGGCACCCCUAGUAGAUACUGCACAGAUGAGCACUGCGUACCUCUGCAGUCGCUGCCCACGUAGUCGGCGAAAUUUGCAUACCCACACGAGCCUAGGCUUCAGACAAAGUGCGAAGGAACCCAGAAAAGCGUUCUUGGGCGUAUUCUGCAAACAGCAGGCAGCGUACGAUUCUGGAGAUGUUGCUUCUCUGAAAAAAUGUGACUCAACGGAGGUCUUCAAGUGGGAGUCUCUGCACCUGUCUGCAAGAAGAAAGAGGCCGAACGGGAUUGCACGGCGAUAAUGCAGAGUCGGGGAAAUCAGGUGAAAGGUCCUUUCUCAUUCAAGAUCUGAAAGUACACACGGAGGUCAUCAUGAGAAACCGUCACCCAACCCCAAAACUCGCGCUGAUUCACAGGUGAUGUGUUUAGUUAAUCUUGUCAGUUACUAAGAGGAAAGCACUCGGGUUCAAUCGUAAAAACGUCGUCACCCCCGUGGUCUUCCCUGGGAGUCCCCCACCCGGAUACUAACCGGGCCUUGCGAUGCUUUCUACUUUGGAGCUCUGAAGGCAUCCGCUGUAUUCGGCACGGUGUGAUCGACAGCGAAGAUCGUUUACGUACAGUGAAUGCCUCGCUAAAUAAAAGACUUAUUGUGAUGCCUUCUUGUUCUGCCUUAAUCCUAUGCAUGUGGGUGUAGGCGGUAAACUCGUUCAACGCCCGGCAGCAGUCGCAAGCGCCCGCGACGUUCGUGUUUUUUUGUGUUGAGCAUCUCUUGGAUUCACAAGAUGGUAGUACCUUUUGCAGUUGACACUGGUUCCUCGCGAGAGUGACACUUCUUCGGUGAGGCGGUGACACAAAGACAAUCUUUACAAAAUGUUUUUGUACGCGGAUGUUCAUGCACGUGGUUCGUUUAUGCGGCGCAGUCGAAUAGGCAGCAAAGACACUCGACCAGUUACACAUGAACCCGUGAUUUCAAAUACCUUCUGGAACCGCAGGCCAGGCGACCAAAAACGAGCCCGAAUAAAGAGAGAAUAUCUACCAGUAAGAUCAAAAAUGGCUCUGUGCUUCGUGACACGUGGAAGGGAGCUGAAAGGCCGCUGGAAUGUGGUUUCGGGACAAGCUCAGCUUCCGUUUACUUCUCUCUGCGCUUGAUCACUUCCGCCCUCCCCCUUCGUCUACGUUAUCUAGACCGAUUUUGUCCCUGCUUUGCCUUGUUCAUCUCGAUGCACUCUCUUUCUCUCAAUCAUUCUCUGUUCUGUCCUUUUCCCUUCUCUUUCUGCCCACCUCUUUUUCUCCACGUUGCCUGUCUCCUCUCGCCGGCAGACCGGCUGUCUCCGUUCUCCGUUCCCCCCUCUCUCUCCGUGCUCUUUUCCAUGUUUGCACCGGGCGAAGAAGACUUCGAUCCGUGUAUUUCGCACAGAGUGUCACAGGAAGGAGACUAAGGAGGUGGCUAAGAUAACUGUACAGCAGACCUUCAAGAUCUCCGCCAGUAGUUGAACUCGUCGUACAUACUCUCUAGACAACAGCAGUUUUCAUGAACUUACGCAUCCCCUUUUGAAUAUGUGUCGGGGAUUUUGCGUGUUCACUUCCUCGGCUUAAAGGCCCUCGCUGCUGUGCGAGCCCAGUGAUCAGCGUCGAAGACAUCCUGCACAAAAACCGGCAAUUGACAGAAACAUCUGGAGAUUUUCA